GUCUCCAGGCUUCACAAACUGUGGCCAGGCCAGCCCCAAGCUCCCCUCAUGUUUUUGUUUAACAGCAAAUAGUAACAAGGCCUUGCUGGACCAGCUGCACCCCUGCCCAGGGCAUGCACCCGUGCCCAGACUGGCUCUUGCUGGGUCCUCAUGACCCUUACAGAGAUGCCGUCCUCACUGAAUGCCUGGCCUGGCCCCAAGCCAGCUUGGCAUGGAGCUUCCAGGGAGGGGUCCUGCUCUGCCACCCUCACUUCCACCCAAGCAGGCCUUGUGCCAGGGCCAGACAAAGCCAGGGCCCCAGCUGCUGCCCUAACAGUCUUUCUGGACAGUGCCACUCUGUUCCCUGUGGGCAUCAUUAUUUCAUCUGCUGAACCCUGCUGAGAGCCAGGGCUGGCAUUAGUGACAAGACCGUGCCUCCCGGGGCUCUUCCUCGGGGCUCUGUGGCCCAGGGCAACAGUGACUGGCCCCUCUCCCCAGGCAGCUCCAGCACCAACUCUGUAGCAGAACCUGCCCAGGUCUUGCAGGUUUGAGGGUGGCAUGGCAGCGAGCACAGACAUCGCUGGGCUGGAGGAGAGCUUCCGCAAGUUUGCCAUCCAUGGUGACCCCAAGGCCAGUGGGCAAGAGAUGAAUGGCAAGAACUGGGCCAAGCUGUGCAAGGACUGCAAGGUGGCUGACGGAAAGUCCGUGACAGGGACCGAUGUGGACAUCGUCUUCUCCAAAGUCAAGGGGAAGUCUGCUCGGGUCAUCAACUAUGAGGAGUUCAAGAAGGCCCUGGAAGAGCUGGCAACCAAGAGAUUCAAGGGGAAGAGCAAGGAGGAGGCCUUCGAUGCCAUCUGCCAGCUGGUGGCAGGCAAAGAGCCAGCCAAUGUGGGCGUCACUAAAGCAAAAACAGGGGGUGCUGUAGACCGGCUGACGGACACCAGCAGAUACACGGGCUCCCACAAGGAGCGCUUCGAUGAGAGCGGCAAGGGCAAGGGCAUUGCGGGACGGCAGGACAUCCUGGACGACAGUGGCUACGUGAGUGCCUACAAGAAUGCAGGCACCUACGAUGCCAAGGUGAAGAAGUGAGGCUUGGGAAGACCGCCCCGCCAAGUGCGGCUGCCCCUGCCAGAGGCUCAGGCCUGGGUCUAAGGGGCACGUGGAGCAAGAGAUCCUGGUCCCCUCCCUGCUGGACCUGCCACCCAGAGCUUCCUGCCGAGUCCCACCGGGCUGGCCCACCAGGCCUCUGACCCAGGCUGCUCUGCGGCCCCUUCCUCCUCCUCUUCCUGCUCCAACUUCUGUCCAUCUGGGGACAGUCUGUGCCUGUAGCCUCAUGACCCCAACCCAGCCCCAGGCAUGGCUAACCCCUGCCUGCUUGCCUCAUAUUUAAGCUGCUGCUCUGGCCAAGUGCCUAAUUUUAACCCAGACCUCAAUAAAGACACCUUUUGUACCAA